UGGUUCAAUUUAGAAGGAGUGGAAGGGCAAACUUUGGACACCCCUGAACUAAACGGUGACAAGGAGGGCGGUGAAAAGGGGUAAAAGAGUCUUAAGUUAAAGGAUAAUAAAACCUUAGGUGCUACACCUUCAAACAAGCAACUGCAGUUGUGCUGGAAUUUACACAGAAAACAGGCCCCAAUAGAACAAAACCUGUAAUUAAGAAAACAAGGCAGUGUAGUUUAUGCUCUUCAUUCAGGUAUCUACUGUACCAUAUUUUAAUGUGUAGGGCAUACAGUAGGCCUACUUUGGCAACAAUUUUACUCUAUAUAUACUAAUUUAUGGAUAGGUUUACACUGCCUAAAAAAGAACCGGCGUACUGCACACACACACAGAGCACUCAGUGAGCACCUGCCUUCUUACACACCUGUGCACGCAUCUCUCCUGACGAUCCUUAAUGAAAUGCACGUGCUGCCGCGGAGCACGAGAGCGACGAGGUUUUUAACGGACAGAAGAAGACUGGCCGUGUUACAGAAAACUAUAGGACAAUGUGACACUGACAGACAACAAAAAUCCCGCUAAUUCACCUAUCCUUUAUCUCGGGAAGGCAGCAAUGGAACAUUUUAAAGCUAUGAAAAUGUAUUCCAAGAGAAGAAUCAAAGCACCAUGUCACUCCCCUUUGCUUGGAAGAACAAACUUAUUGGGGAAAAGGCAGCUAUCUACACCUACAGUUGAAGGAACAAGACCCAAGAAGAAAUACAAAGCGAGCCUCCCAAAACCCGACCAGAGUUCCCAUCUUCCACCAAUCAGCGAGUCUCCUGCAUCUGGACAGGAGUUGUUCAUCCAACCUGGAAAACCCAGAAGAAUGUCAAGACUUUCACAGCACAAAGAGUCCACCUAUAACAGUUGUGUGAGUGGGUCUACAUACAGUGAAAAUACUUCUGAAAUGAUUCUGCCGUCUGGCGUUUCAACCUUUUUACUGGCCUGCAUGGAUUCAGAUACAGCGGCUGUCUCUUCCCCUUCAAGUUCUUCAGCUUGCAGCCUUUCUUCCCCAGAAGUGUUUCGUGAGGCUGACGGCUUAGAUGAAACAGAAACAUUUUCUGUGAAAGGUGAUGCAUUGUGCUGGUUACACUGCAAAAAUUCAACUCUUCUGGACACCAGUAAUGCAGUAGGCAUAAACACAAGACGGUCUCCAAACCUUUCUGGUAUUCAAGCAUUUUCACCAAACAAGGAUAAAAAAGUCUCUGAAGACAGUGUUGUACAAAAUAAAAUACAAACUGACGGUGUAUCGGCUCAUUCUUCAACAAGCGCCUCAGGAAAGUACAUAUUGAAAAUACUUUCAUCUGGAGAGAGAACUCCAAAGUCCCGAAUAUGCCCUGAACCUUCCACACCAUUUAAAAAGCCAAUUCCAAGACAGGUAAAAACAACUUCAGUUGUGAAGUGCCGGAAAGUGGUUAGUUUUGCAGUCCCCCUUGAGACUCCUAUUCUACAAACCUGUGAAUCGGCGGCUGUCAAAGAAAACAUGGAAAGCGCUGUGAAAUCUCCCAGAAAAAUUGCUCCUUCUAGUGCUCCAAAGACAUCGGCGGAAGACGGCCAAAGAAUCCUUCACAGUGAUAGAAGGAAGACACGUAAGAGGCCCUCAAAAUCAAAAGGCACAACUCCAAAGUCCGAGGGAGUAUCUAGGAUCCCCCAAACUGUUGGAAAUAAUACCCCUUCUCUGGGUAGCAAAGCAACGAUUUGCCCCAAGAAAACAACUAGUAAAGAUACAACUGCUGGCAGAUCCAAGAGGAUGAAGAAAGAGCCUGGUGCACCCCAAACUGAUGGGAAGAAAGCUACUUCUGUGGGCAGUGAAACCAGCAUUCACCCAAAGAGAACAACUGCAAGAAUUCCUCCUGUUGGCCGACACCCCCUGAUAACACAGUUUUGCCAUCCUAAUAAGACGGAUGUAAAUUAUAAUGGUAUACCCUAUGAGAAGCAGGAGGAUGGGAAAUGGGUGGCCACUAUGCCUCAAUUCUAUAUGAAGGUGCCUUUUUUUGAGGAAGCUGUUCAAGUCUGCUUUCUUACAACACACUAUUCAGACCUUCUGGCGGCACAAAGUGAAGCCUGCACACUCGCAGUGGACCCCCGACAGUUUAAUUUGUGAUUUGGCUCCAGGUGGACAGCUAUAAAUCCCCAAGUUGUGCUAUCAUUUGUGUACAUGUCUUUGGUGUUAAAUGAUAGUACUGUGUGCUUGGAUUAUGGUCCUAUCAACACCGUCAUUGCCUUUAUAUAGAUGUUUUGAAGUUCGACAUGCAGUGUCUGUAUGCUCUUGUAGAAGUUAAACAUGUAGCUUAACUUCAUUAUCAGGGACCAAGAUGUCUUUUUGUUUUUGAAGACUGUGGGUAUGCAUGCCUAUUUUUUUGGCACAGUAAUGGUUAUCCAUUAGUUACUUUGGGUGAAAUAAAUAGUUUUCCAGAGAAGACAGGCUGUUGUAUUUGCACUGCUACCCGGUUGGGGGGAAAAUGCAUCAUGCAGUGUUGAACUUGUUGUUUUGUUGCCUUCACCAAAAUUGUUUAAAGUGAAAAAAUAUGACUUCAAAAAAGUUAUAAAGUGUCAUCUCGAACAGAAUUUGUCUGAAUUCAUCACUGCCUCUUUUGACUUGGGUCUUGCAGCAACAGAUGUUUCCCCUUGGCCAAACACUAGUCAGUGUUUAGUAGUUCAGUUAAAGAAAUGGUUGUUCUAUAUUUGUCACGAUUGUGUUCAGUCUUGGUUAAGGGAACUCCAUUCAUCUGAGAACCUGCGGUCAGUAUGUGCUAUAGAUAGGUGAUGGGCAUCUGUUCAGCUUCUUUGUGUAAAUGGAGAAAAACUAAAUAAGAAGAAUGUACAAAAUAUAUUUAUUUGUAACAGGAUUUUUUUAUGUAUAUUUUGUCAGGUUGUACAAUACAUGUAAAUACAAUCUACAGGAAUUUCAACAUAAUAAAUAUAUGCAUCUAUAUGCCAAGA